AUGGAUGCGGAGGCAAGUCCUAGCAGGACGCCGGCUCGCCGGUCAACCCGAAAAGCUGUUACCUCCAAAACCGAUACCUUCGAUUGGAAUCGACUCGCUGGAUUCGAUAUGAAUGGCGAGGAUGGAGACGCUGAAUUCGGAGCGCUCGCCUUUGGUGCUCAAGACGACUACGAUAGGGAUGGUUCUGAUGCCAGCAAUCCUGAUUGGCAAGAGGACGAUGAUUCCGAUGCGGACCAAUAUACUCUAAUCAAAGCGCUGUCGAAGAAACUACCGCCGAAGACUGCACGGCUAAAGAGGACAAGAGAACCCAAAGCAUCCGCAUCCGGAUCUCGAAGGAACAUACGUAGUACAGCUAGUGACGAUUCGGGGAUUGAUGAUGACGACGGGGACGAAGAUGACGAAGAUGAAAUUGACCUCGAAGUUCUGGAUCCCGCGCUGUCUGAAAACGACGGCCCUUCUCGGCAGAGGAAACGGCAGCAGCAGCAGCAAGGCGAGGUCCAAGACGCUGACUUUGAGCCAGAAUCGUUCCAGCGUCUAGUGAGCUCGUUGCAAGAUACCUCUCGCGAAGCCGGUGCCCUCCGUCAACGAUGGGACACUUCCAUCGAAGCCGAGAAUGCCGAGUUCGAGAACGAGCUUCGAGCGGCGGCUGGAUUCAAGCAGAAGCGUCGCGUACGCCGCAGAGCUCACGAGCAGCCUCUCUCGUCAGAGGUGCAAGCGCUAUUGGCUGAUGUCAACCUUGCUUAUGUCGAGAAUCGCCUGCGCGAUGCCAUCCCGAAACUCGAAGAAGUCAUCCGGAUCGAGCCAAACGUCAUGGCAGCUUGGAACACGCUCGGUCUCAUCUAUGAAGAGCUGGGCGAAGAGGAAAAGAGCAUUCAGUGUCGAAUUAUCGGCGCUCAUCUCCAGCCUCGUGCUACGCAAGAGUGGAAGUCCCUCGCCUACCGAUCUAUCAAACAAAAUCUUUACCGCCAAGCCAUCUACUGCUUCCAGCAAGCUAUCAAGAUCGACAAGACCGACAUUGACAGCAUUUGGGACCGCGCAUUGCUGCUUCGAGACCUUGGUGACUACAAAGCUGCGAUCAAUGGUAUGCUAGACAUCCUCAAGCUGCAACCUUAUGAUGCAUCUGUUGUGAGGGAGCUGGUUCCGAUGCUCGUCAGCACCAGAGACUACGAUCGUGGUAUCGAGGUGCUCGAGCGCUGGCGAAAGUCGAGCAUGGGAAGAUACCCAAACCCCACUACCGAUGGACUUCUUGACCCUGCCUUAGAGAAUGUAACUGGCCAGUCCACGCAGCCUGAAAAGCAAAUGUCAGCAGCAAUGGCAGCACCUGCCGCCAACAAUUUUCAAAUCUCAGAGCUGGUCACUUUGGCUGAUCUUCUCCUCUUGCUGCGUAAGCCGAUGGAGACCGUCACUGUCUUGCGGCAGACUGCUCGCUGGCUCGAUGGCAGAGCAAGUGAAGAGUUCUGGGAUCUCGUCAAUGACGAUCGUGAGUUCGAUGGUGACAUUGAUUCACAGAUCCGCAAAGAACGCGACCACGAAGGAUACGGUCGACAAGUAGAAACAGCUGAACCCCACAUGCUCGAUCCAGAGGUCCGUCUUCGACUUGGCAAAGCCCGCAUGAUGCUCGGCGAUGUGGCCGAAGCCAAGCACCACUUCGACAUCUUGACUGAGAGCGAUCCAGCUGAUACACCUCAGAUCUUUGCCGAGGUCGGUGACUGCUACUAUGAACACAAGCUUUGGGCUGAGGCACUCGACGUGCUAACCGACCUCGCCAGUACAGAAUACGCCACCGACGACGUCUCGCUCUACGCCAAGCUCGCAGCGUGCAACCAUGCAUUAGGAGAGCUGGAAGAGGCAGCACGCCUGUACGAACCCGUCGUCGAGGCGUCCCCUGACACCCUGGAAUGGCAGAUGCGGCUUGCAGAGGUAUACGAGGGUUUGGGCGAAAAGGAGAAGUCGCUUGAGGUGCUGCGGCAGGUCAUGCAGAUUCUACAAACGCAGCGAGCAGCCGAGGCUCAGGCAGAAGCCGGUCGAGGCCCACAUAUAGCAGCCGGAGGUGCAACCAACAAUGACGGUCAGCUCUCGUUCUUUGACGAAAUGGGAAAGGUCAGCGCUCCAAAAGCUGCUCCUGCGGCCAGAAGAGCCAGGAUGAACUACAAUCGUCAGCAAAGACUCAAGCUUGAGCUACAGCGAGAGCAAGAAACCCAGCUCUCAUGGAGGCGUCUGGAGCUGCUUGAUCUGCACGUGUUCAUCGAAGGUUUCUGGCGUUAUGAUAUUCCAGUGACAAAAGAAGGCGAAGAUGCUCUCGGAGACUUCUAUGCUUCGGCUGAAACGCCGGAGCAGCGUGAAAAGCGUUACCGCCAGACGGCACAGUGGCUCGAGGAAGCAGGCGGUCUCAUCGACGCUUUUCGUCUCAACCCUCGUCUCACUGGUCUUCACCUAAAGAAGAAACGUCCAGGUGGCCACCGUACGAGCGCUGCAAAACAGCAACGCGCCGAGUCGUCAUCCUUCACUGGUAACACCCUUGCCAGCAUGCUCUCUCAACGCGGCGGGGGGAGCAAUGCCAUCUCGACGCGAGCACGCAACCUUCUUCACCGUCUGCAAGAUCAGCUUGUUGAGGACGAUGCUACUUCGGAUCUCGCCGAUGGAUCCGAAGCUGGGGAUGCCGACAGUGCCAAACCACGAGUAGAGCCCGGUCCGAAGCAGCUCGACAUGAACAAAUUCCGUGGCCUGCCUAUUGAGCACUGGAUCACCCUAUUCUCUAAAUACUCGUUUUUGCUCGUCAAGUCAGGCGAAUCGAUGGCGGUUGUCAACUCGCUGUUCCAGUCUCUCCAUACAAGCGCAGUGGUCUGGGGCAUCUUCGAGCGCAUGAUCGUCGUGCAGCUUUCAUGGCUUUCGUGCGCACUCUACGCGAGAGACUGGCCGACAGUGUGGAGCUCGGUGAGAUGGUUGGCGCAAGAGAUGCAAUUUCACAACCUCCCCCUCAUGUUGGGUGCGAGCAUUGCCAAUGGUACAGGGUUCCACAGCCUGGGCAGGUUGAUCAGCAACAACGACCUUAAAUUCUACCAAAGAAGGAUGAGGCAAGGUGAAGCAAUUGCUCGCGGUGCUCCGUGCAAGUUUUCGACUCACAGCAAGCGGUGGCAAGUGCCUGCACAUAUCAGCAAUGCUCUCAGGUCGAUGAAGAAUGGCGAGCCUUUCAAUGUUGACGGCUCUGACGGCGCCGACAAUAAACCAAGGAGGGACUUGGCAGAAGAAGCAAGACGCAGAGCAGCUGAGGCAGAAGGGGACGAAGACGCUCCGAGUGGACUCGGCAGUGAUUUCGAAGGGGCUUCUGAAAGCGAUCACGAUCAGGCAGCACGUGAAGACUCUCCCCUGGCUUCUGCUGCACGAGACCGACGCUCAGCCUCCGCCACGGUCAUCAGCGAUAUCAAAGGCGAUCGUCCGGACGAAGCUCUCGCCAUUCGUCUCGCUCGACCCACCAAACCUUCGCCCCCCGCUGAAAUGUUCUACGGCUACAUGCUCCUCUACUCGGGCGGCUUCCAGUCUUCAGCAGCAUUUUUUGCUCGCGCAUACGCCAUCCAAGCUACCGAUCCAGUGCUUUGCCUUGCCACUGCAGUAGCCUUCUUCAGCCGCAGUACGAACCGGCAGACUGACAAUAGGCAUCAUAUGAUCUUGACCGCUAUGACGUUCUUCCAAAGCUAUCUCAAGUACCGGAUCUCAGGCGAGGAGAAGGAGAAGAGAGAAAGGCAUUGGGCGGAGAUGGAAUACAACAGAGGAAGGGCUAUGCAUCACAUCGGGCUGGUACAUCUGGCUGAGAAGCAUUAUAGGGCUGUUUUGGAGGCGGGAUAUGAUGACAGUAAAGGUGGGUGGGGAAUGAAGAGAGAAGCCGCAUGGAAUCUGGCUUUGAUUUAUACGACUGCGGGAAGUCCGCAUCUGGCGCAGUCUUUGUAUGAUCGUUAUCUUCGGGUCUAG